AUGGAAGCUACCAAUUAUUCUUGUAAGAUUCUGAUUGUCGGCAGUAGUGUCGCUGGCCUGGCCUUGGUUAACAUGCUCGAACGAGUCGGCAUAGACUUUGUCGUCCUCGAGGCCGGGAGUAAGAUCGAUCCCAGUGUAGGCGGAGGUAUUUUUGUGCAGCCACAGAUUUCCCUCCUCAUUGUUUCUUUGAGCCUGUCUCGUCCCUUGGACGAAAUAUCAUUACUGACGCUCUACAAAAGAGGUUCGUUUCAAUUAUAUCGAUGCAGCGGUAAUCAUUCGUCUGAUAACCUGUAUAGACACGGAUAUCCGGUCGUCUUUGUUGAACGCCAGACUCUGUUUCGGACCCUUUAUGACAACAUGCAUAACAAACACAAAGUCUUGCUACAGAAGCGGUUCGUCAAGCUGGAGUACAGUGAUGAUAAAGUCAUCGUCACGACGCAAGAUGGGUGCACUUAUGAAGGCGACGCCCUUGUCGGGGCUGAUGGAAUGCAUAGCCCUGUACGUAAGGAGAUGCAUCGCCUUGCCCACAAACUGUCACCGGGAUACUUUGACAAGGAUGAAUACUCUCUGGUGCCGUGCCUGUACAAGUGCAUUUGGGGCAUCUCACACCCCACACCGAGCAUCGAGUCGGGUAGCAUCCAUGUUGUUAUGGGCAAGGACCACAGCUACUCGCUGUUCACCGGCCGCGAAAAGCUCUAUUGGUUCCUAUACGUAAAGAACGCUUCCACGAUGCACGGAAAGCAGGUGCCUCGCUACACAGCCGAGGAUGAACAGCAGCUUGCCGAGCAGUAUUUUGAAGAUCGCUUCAGCGAGACUGUGACUUUUGGCGACGUCUACAAAAACAAGAUGGUUGCGAGCCUGACUCCUCUGCACGAGUAUCAGUGGAAGCGAUGGCACUUUGGCCGCAUCAUGACGAUUGGAGAUACUAACUCAGUCAACCAGGUCCACCCCCUCGGUGGAAGCGGAGGCGGUGCCGCCGUCGAGGACGGCGCUGUUCUCGUUAACGCAUUACUACAACGACUCCGACGAUCGCCAAGUCGGAAGCUAUCCACGAGUGACUUUGACAAUAUAUUUCCAAAAGCGCAGGCCGACCAGGAGUAUCGCUCGCGAAGGCUUGUCGACAGCGUCACCGAGAAACAGAAGGUGGAUGCCAUGCAAGGGAUCUUCGCACCACUGGCCGUCAAAUUCAUUAUACCGAACCUGACGGAUGAUCAGGCGCUAGCCAUGGAUAGCGCCAGAGCCGUGACGGGACAGCGGAUCGAGGCCCUGCCGGUACCGGUCCGGGAUCGCUACGUGCCUUACAACGACGAACUGCCGGCAAAACCCCUGCAAAAGACUUCUCUAAUGGUGAACUCUUGCUUUGCAGGCUUUCAGUUACUGCUAUCUAUGGCUGCAUAUGUGCCACUCUGCACACUGGUGUCCUGGAUCAGCAUCUUUCGAGGUCUACUCCACGAGAAUUACCUUGAAUCACUUGUCCACCAUCUGGUGCAAGCCCGUGAAAACUCUUCAAUUAAUCGAGCAUCACACUUCAUGCUGAGUCUGAUUCUUCUCACCCCCGUCUCCCUGCUCUGGUCAUUCGAGGGUUUCCGCCGAGGCAACCUCGGCUCCCUAUGGUCAUGGUACGUAAUUAGUUACUCGCUGCUUUUUGACUGCAGAUUUCUAACCAGUAUCAAGGCCUAUCACGUUGUUUCUUACAGCAGGACUGGCAAUCGGCGAAGCACCGAAGGUCAUCCCUCUCUACUUUCUGUUCUCGAUGCUAAACUUAUCUAG